AUGGUUCGAGCCAUGUCUUCUAAGGACCACAUAAAUCCAUAUGAAUUUAUUGUCGCUUUCAUAGACGUCAUUGGACGUUGGUGGAUUCAGAUGAUGGGAUUCUUUUUCAUGACUGUUUUCAUGUUUGCCAUUGCCUUCCCCUACAAAUAUUGGCAACAAAAGGAGAACCGUAUCGGGUUCAUUAUUAUGUAUGGGCUAACCUUCUUCUUUGCCAACUUUGGUCCUAAUGCCACAACCUUCGUGGUUCCCGCAGAAGUCUUCCCGGCUAGGUUGAGAUCUACUUGCCAUGGUAUAUCUGCAGCAACUGGAAAAGCCGGGGCUAUAGUAGGAGCCUUUGGAUUUGUGUACGCCUCGCAAGAAAAGGAUCCGGCUAAGAGAGAUCAUGGUUAUCCCGCCGGUAUUGGGAAGAGUAAGUCUCUUAUCGUGCUCGGUGUCAUCAACUUUAUUGGUAUGCUUUGCACUUUAAUGGUUCCCGAAUCUAAGGGUAAGUCACUUGAAGAAUUAGCUGGCGAGGUUGAGGUCGAUGACGACCGCAGAGGAUCCGCUUGA